UCGUUUAUGUCCAAGCACCCACAAAAACUGCUUUUUUUUUUUUUCAUUGUCUUGUUCCGAUAAACAUCAACACUGGAUCCGCACCGUCUCACGCUUUCCACCGAAUGGGCAUCUCUCAAUCCUCUCCUUCCGACGCUUCCAUCCACCAAUUCACUGUCAAGGAUUGCAGUGGAAAGGAUGUGGAGCUGGGGAUUUAUAGGGGAAAGGUUCUUCUUGUUGUGAAUGUUGCUUCAAAAUGCGGGUUCACUGAUAAAAAUUACACCCAAUUGACCACGCUUUACAACAAGUACAAGGACAAUGAUUUUGAGAUUUUAGCAUUUCCAUGCAAUCAAUUCUUGCGACAAGAGCCUGGUUCUAGCAAUGAGGCGAAGGAAUUUGCUUGCACAAGAUAUAAGGCAGAAUAUCCGAUAUUCCAAAAGGUCAAAGUAAAUGGCCCUAGCACUGCACCGAUAUACAAAUUUCUCAAGGCCAGCAAACCCGGGUUUCUAGGUUCCAGAAUCAAGUGGAACUUCACCAAGUUUUUAGUUAAUAAGGAAGGUAAAGUCAUUGGGCGGUAUGGGACUUCAACUCCACCAUUGUCGAUUGAGAGAGACAUCCAGAAAGCGCUUGCUGAAGACAUAUAGUAUUCUGCUGUUUUGUGUGAAUUAUCUGCACAGAGAAUCUAUAGUUCUUUUUCUUGGUUCGUUUGUGUUUUGUCGAUUGGUUCAAUCUGUAGAUAACCAAACUUUUCGACAAUGUCCAGGUUGCUGGUAGUGUUAAUUUUCUGUGUAUGGCCCGGUCCGGUCUGGUCCUGUUUUCUGAGUUUUGAUAAGCCAAUGCAUAAUGUCCUUAAGUGAUGCAACUUUCUAUAAGAGAAAUUUCAGUUGAGCUGAUAGUAUAAAUCUUGGUUUAUUUGAA